UACACAUACGUGACCGCAGCCGCCUUCUCCCCUCGCUCCUCACUUCCCCCCACUCACGAACCCUAGCUUCUUUGUGCCGCCGCCGCCGCUCGGUCUAGAUUUGGAGCUGACGUGCUCGCCUCGCCUCAGUUGGUUCCGGAUUUGGCCACAUGCGCGCGUCCGUCGUCCGUCGUUUGCUCGGUCGUCGCCAUGGGAAAGGGAGGUGGAUAGGGUUUGGUGCGAGGGUUUGUUCCUUCUUCGGAUUUGGCCGUGCUUGGUCCUGUUUUUUUGUUUCAGAUGCGGAUCUGAACCAUCCACAUAUGCGUUUAUUUUUGUUGAUUCUUUAACUGUUCGCUGUUGUCGUUGCAUGGUUGUCUGGUUUGGGUAUGUAAGAUUACAAUCAAACUGAACUAUGACAAUUUAUACAUCAUAGUUAGGUAUCAAAGUGAUUAUGUAUUCACGUGAAGACUAUGCAAGCCGAAUGGAUGUAUAGUCGUUACAUAUGUUCAGGUUUAGGAGAUUUACCAUGACAGCUUGUGACAGAUGCAAAUCAUGGAUGCUAGCAAGUGUGAUUGGAUGACGGUUGUGAGGUUCGUCGCUGCAGUUGUUGUGGUGUCUCUAGCUGUUAUUCAUUCCCAUUGAAACGUUUCGCCUAGCUCUCAGGAUGUACUUUUAGGCCUUCAAUGCCUCCUGGCUGUGGACCGGGUCGCGGUCGUGCCGCUGCUGAUGGCCCUGCCCGUGGAAGCGGGCGCUGGCAUGCCGUUGCUGAUGGCCCUGCCCGUGGAAGCGGGCGAGGGCGUGCCGGUGCUGAUGGCCCUUCCCGUGGAAGCGGGCGAGGGCGUGCCGCUGCUGAUGGCCCUGCCCGUGGAAGGGGGCAUGGGCGUGCCGCUGCUGAUGGUCCUACCCGUGGAAGGGGGCGUGGGCGUGCCGCUGCUGCUGAUGGUCCUUCCCGUGGAAGGGGGAGAGGGCGUGCUGCUGUUGGUGGCCCUGCCCAUGGAAGGGGGCGUGGGCGUAGUAGGGUUGGUGGCACACUUCCUUCUCCUCCUAGAAUUCAUCUUGCUCCUCCUGUCAUUCGGCCGCGUUAUGUGCCCCGUGCCCCACCUGGGCUCGAGAAUCGCAAACGUAAACGAGAUGGUUGGUUACCCUAUGUGAGUGAGGUUGAGGCAACGUUGAACCGCAGGAAGCGCAAGGCAAUUAGAAAGCUGCGCCAUUCUGGAUUUGAAGGUCCAUUCAUUUUCCAAUUGCUUAGCUCAGUCUUAGACCCACCUGUACUUAUUAGUUUUGUCUGACAUGCUAGACCAUAUUGUUAUGGGCCCUUUGCCGAAAGAUUGGCGUGGUUUCGAUCAUGCAUUUGUUGAGUCGCUUAAAGCUUCAUAUGCAGAUGUAUCGUACCUUGGUACACCAGAUUAUAUCUGUGGAUAUUGUGGUGCUUAUUUCUGGUACGAGGAGAGGGUACAGGGAAAACCAUCAUAUACAAAACUGCUUUUAUACUGUUGAGCACCAGAAGCGGGGACUACCUCACGCUCACAUACUCAUCUGGCGGAAGGGAGAACAAGAUGGCGAUCGUUGCUUUAGAUGAGCUUGUCCAAGGAAAUAGCAAUGAUUCAGUCUAUGUGUAUGUCUCGCGACUAUGGAACCAUCGUGGAGGCACUGACACUGGUCCGAUCAAGCACACUGACAUGGUUCUUAUGGAUGCCGUGGGCAACCACAUGUAUGCUGAGAUUUCUGAGAAACUGGUUCCUACAUUUGCGUCAAGGAUUCGUGAAGGCUGCGCUUAUGUGAUUUCUCAGUUCUUGGUGUUUCCAAACAAACACUAUUUCAAGCCUGUCGCUGGACCACAUAUGAUCAGAUUCAACCGUUUUACCACAACCGACCCUCCAGCUAAUGAAGAGAUUGAAUUCCCAUUCUGUACUUACUCGCUCACCGCUUUGGCUCAUCUUCCUGCGCCGGUUGAGACCCCUGACUAUUUCACAGACAUCCUAGGACUUAUUGUCGGUGUGUCUGAUGCCAUGGUAUACCACAUCUCUAACAGAGCUGAGCCUUAUGUAAAGCGAACUAUCACUCUUGCUGACCUGAGUGGAUAUCAGAUCAAUGUCGUACUGUGGGGAGAGCAGGCAAAGGCCUUUGAUGGAGAUGAUGUCAUGCAGAUAGGCCAAACUGGACCAGUCAUUGCUCUAAUCGUUGGGACCCUGGUUAAAAACUAUGAAGGACGCAGGGGGGUUAGUGGUAGCGCAGCAUGCCGAUGGUACAUUAAUGAUGAUAUAUCUGACAUCACCCAAUUUCACGAAAGCCUCCAAGGAAAGUUCUCUCUUGUAAAGAAAAUUAUUCUUCCUGGUCAAACCGCAGAUGAGAAAAGUGCAUAGGUCAAUCUACAAACUAAAACAGUUGGUCAACUUCUCGACUUGAACAUAUAUGAGAAUAAGAGCACGCGUUUCUUCUGCUCGGUCACUUUGUACAGGCUCAGUCCUGGUCAGUGUUGGUGGUUCAUGUCUUGUGAGAAGUGCCAUAAAACAGCACAGCGACAUGGCCCUGUCUACAGGUGCAUUGACCCCACAUGUGCCUCCACCGACGCAAUGCCAAGAUAUCGCAUAUGCUUUAGAUGCACUAGCGAUUCAAGGGAGGCCGAGUUUAUUUUCUUCGACAGGGUUGGAAAAGAGAUUGUUGCCAAAUCUUUGAUCACUUUGCUGCAUGAAGGGUAUUCCAGUCGUACAACUCUUGAUGAGAUUGUUGAAAUAGCACGUGGAGACCCAGCCAUCCCUAAAUACAUAUCCACUUUGAUUGGCAAGAAGUAUAUAUUUGUGGUGUCUAUCUCUUCAAAGAGCUUUAUGCCUGAUGCCGAGGAGACAUCCUUCCAAGUUAUCAAGAUAGAUGUGCCUGUGGAAAAGACCUCGAGCUCUGCAGUUUUAUAUCGCAAGGCAGAUUCCUCUGGACCUUCUACUGGUGAUGUGGGGUGUCCUGGUUCUGGUGAUGUAUCACCCUUAGUGUUACCCG